UAAUAUAUAGAAAUAGAUUUGGUCAAUCGAUGUCGUACAAAGAUGAAAAUGUUGAAAUGUCAGUGGAGAUAGCGACAUCGAGUGUUUCGUUGGGAAAUAACGAACCAUCAGAUGAAAAUCGUGAAAAAACAGAUGACCUUUCACCUGCGCCUGACGCUGAAAAUGAAAUGGGACAACUUAAAUCAAAAUUGAAAAAAAUUAAGGGGAAGAAAAAUGAAAAUAAAGAAGAGGGUGAAAAUAAGGAGGUGGAGAUAGAAUUUGCUGAAGGAGAUGGUAGUUUUAUGUGUGGGGUUGUAGAAGGCUUCUAUGGUAGACCAUGGACAACUGCUCAAAGGAAAGAACUUUUUCAAAGAAUGAAAUCGAUGGGAAUGAAUACUUAUCUUUACGGACCGAAAGAUGAUUACAAACAUAGAUUAUACUGGAGAGACUUAUAUUCUAUGGAUGAAACAGCUCUGCUAAAGCUCCUCAUUGAUGCAGCAACAGAGCAAGAUAUCCUAUUCAUUUAUGCCAUAUCACCAGGCCUUGACAUGUCGUUCGCUUCAGAUAAAGAAGUGGAAUGCCUGAAAAGUAAACUGUUGCAGGUACAAAGUCUUGGAUGCAAAGCAUUUGCUCUGUUGUUCGAUGACAUAGACCCGAUCCUAUGUGCAGCAGACAAAAUGCAAUACGCAUCUGCCGCGUCUGCUCAAGCUGGAGUCACAAACCAAAUGUAUCAGUUACUCGGGGGACCAAAGUUCUUGUUUUGUCCUACAGAAUACUGCAACAGUAUGGCAAUACCAGAUGUCAAGAAUUCGUUGUAUCUCAAGACUAUAGGAAAUGAAUUGAAUAAAAAUAUAUCAAUCAUGUGGACAGGGCCUAAAGUUGUAUCGAAACACAUCUCAGUGGAAUCAAUCAAAGAACUGACAGAGAGUGUUCAAAGAAAGAUUGUCAUCUGGGACAACAUCCAUGCCAACGAUUAUGACCCAAAAAGAGUCUUCUUGGGACCGUAUAAAGGUCGUUCUACUCAUCUUAUUCCUCAUUUAUCUGGAGUUUUAACAAAUCCCAACUGUGAGUUUGAGUCCAAUUAUAUCGCUAUGCACACGCUCGCCUCCUGGUGGAAGAGUUACCAACUUCAAAUUGAAAUUGCACAGAAAAACAAUGAAGCUGAAGCAGAGAAAAAGUUGGAUAUAGAAAUGGAAAACGUCAUCAAGAAAUCAGAUAUACAAGAAACAGUAGAAUUAAAGGAGGAGCCUGAUGCCGGGAAAGAACAGAAUAAAGAAAAUAACGGAGAGAAAGAAGAGACAAAUGAAAAGGAAGCUUCAUCAUCAAAGCCUUCUCAAGAUGAAAGUCCAAAUAUAUCUAGAGAUCUGGCAACUGUCAAUGAGGCAAAAGUGGAAGGAAGUGAAAAUCCGAAAUCUCCUAAAAAAAAAGAUUUGAAAAAUAAGGAAACGACGGGAGAUGGGAUGAAUGGAAAAAAGGAAGUCAAUGCUUCUAUAAGUCCGCUGAGCAGCAAAGGCAGCAGUUUGAUGGGAAGUGAAGAUUCCGACACAGACAGUGAUUAUUCAUCGCACGAAGAAUAUUUCUCUGUUCAAAGAUAUUCUGUUUCACCACCAUUCGAUCAUGGAGCAUAUGACCCCGAGGACUCUCUCAGACAGGCAAUCAGAAGUUGGCUUCCGUACUUUUCUGCCACUCGGUUACCUCUUGGAAAACCGAUUGCACGAAGUGGACCUCCACUUGGAAUGCUUUCACAAUGUGACGUUUCUCUAAUCUCAAAUGCACCUAUGGGUCCGACAAGUUCCACAACCAAUGUAUUAACAAAUGACCCAAUACCAAGUACUCCUUUCGCUAUUUACGGAUACGGGUCCGCAUCUCACUCCCCAAAUAUCGAAAUAAAAACAGACUCUGCGGAAAACGAGGCAAAAGAUGACAGCGCUAAUGAUGUCACUGUUGCUGUUAACGAUAGUCUCCAUGGUAACGAAAUUUCUGAUGUUGAAAUGGCCGGUGCUACACCGAACCGUACGCCACCGAGUGUAACACAAGUUCCUCCAGAUGGUGCUAAUGAGUUAAAAUCGGACAAUAAACCCCCCUCUGAUUUGGAUGUUGAUAUGAAACCUCCGUUUGAAGAUGAAAAUAUGCAAAUGGGAGACUCUGAGGAUUCGCCAGUCAAAAGAAUAGAGUCGACUGUACAAAUGGAGAUAGAAGAUGAAGAAGAACGUAUGCAGUUCGAUGCCGAAGCUGACAGUGAUGUAUCCAUGACAACCAACAAUAGCACAGAAGAGAAGAAAAAUGAGAAAGUCGAAGAUGAUAAAGAUAGAAGAGGUUCAUUGUCUGGAUCAUCUGUUGACAUGGCAACACCGCCUCACCAAUUAUCAUCAUCAGCCAAUCAAAGUCCUGCACAUCAAAGUACAAAUGUUGAAGAUGAAACUGCGUCUACGUCCAAAGAGACAGAGAUUGAGAAUGAACAAACCUUAUACAAGAUGGAGCAGAUGACAUUGGAAGACGUCGAACUCGCAGUUGAACUAUUUUAUCUUCCGUACGAGCAUGGAGGGAUUGGUAGAAAGAUGGUGGAAGAUUUUAUCUGGUUGCAACAAAAUGUUCGGAAAGCAGUUGCUUCACCUAACGCUUCAAAAUCAAUGAAAAAUGACACUGUGGAUAAGGCUUUAGCAUGGAUGGAGCGGGCAAUUCUCUUUGAAGACUAUUGUGUGUCAAUAAGAAGAAUGUGCAACAGAUUAACUUCGUGUUCAAAUCGAGCUCUGCUUUAUGAUCUAUUUCCUUAUUUCUGGGACAUGAAAGGAGUUGUAUCUAUGCUUAGUUCUUAUGUUAAAUGGAUGGGCCAAUUUUACCUACGUCACCAAACUGCCAAAUCAUCAGAACCAUCUGAAACCGGAUCAAACAUGUCUAAACCGGCUUCACCCGAACCAUCAUCGCCUACCAUCUCUUCAACAACGAAUCAACCAAUUAAUUCUAAUCCUUUACCUCAAUUUCCUCCACCUCCUCCAGCUGUAGCUUGGUUGGGAAUGGAUCCAGAACCCUGGGUUUUCAGAGGAGGAUUAGCAGGAGAAUUCCAGCGUCUUCUUCCUGUCACGAUGGCCAAUGAUUUAUUUUGUCAAGUCAUUCCAUGUUCGCCUCAGACUUCCACGUCAACUUAUAUCAUCAGACCUUAUUUACCUACAGAUGAGAAAUCGGUUUACAAGAUAUGUUUGACAACUGGGAAUGAUGGAACAGAUUUCGCAGAUGAUUUCACUGGAUAUGAAGACUUGCCAGGAGAAAGACUUGUUGGAGGACUCCUCACACUCAGUCCCGAGUAUUGCUUCAUUCUAGAAGAUGAACAAGGAAUAUGUGGAUACCUCGUGGCCACAGCAGAUGCGAAAGCAUUUUGGAAGAAAUACUCCAUCGCUUUUUCACCGGACGUCGGAGAAAAAUAUUCUUUACCAAAGGAAGAUGUAAAAGAAGGGGAAACUGGGAUCAAAAUUGGGGAGGAAGUCAGGAGACUUCUUGAUGAGAUCAGGAGUAAAGAACCACCUGAUGCCUAUGCUGUGGAUAACUUGUACACUACACAUCCUGCUUACAUGCAGAUUGCUGUCCAUAGAAGAGUUUCUGAUCCCAGCAUCGCUAAAAGUAUGACAGUAUGUCUGCUCUCCGCACUCAAGUCUCAUGGGGUACAUGGCGUUCACACGACCGUUCGAUCCAGUGACUGUUACAUGCCUGAUCUGUAUUGUCGUCUUGGUUUCCAUGAGAUACGACCUCUCGACCCUUCACCUGUGACCCCUGCACCUUCAACAUACAAAGAUGAUACCGCUAUUGUAUUUGGGCGGACUUUCUGAUAGUUAAUUUAUAUUUGCUUUUUAUUUUUUGAGUUUAAUUUGACUUACACAAUUUUAAUUUGAUCAUAUGGGCUUUAUCUUGAGCCAGUUUAUGUUAAAUGGUCCCAUUACAUUUGAACCCAUGACAAUUGCACCUGCAUACUAUUGCACCUAUGGAUUUUUUUUGUUUUACGGAUAUUUGAACCCAUACUAACCCUAACCCAUGGGUUCUAGCACCCGCAUAUAGAUUAAACCCGCGGAUAUACACAUGGGUUCAAAUGUACGUGGGUUCAAAUGUACGGUCACCAUGUUAAAUAUCAAGUGGUAGCUCACAUUUUGCUCUGAACAAAGCCCUUUUUAAUGAGCUAGGUUUUGAGACUAUAGGGCAGUGGUUCUCAAACUUUUCCUUUUAUAAUUUGGCAGGUCUUGCGCCCCAUAUCAAAAAUGCCCAGCUAACAAUAAGCUACAAAUAACAGAGGGUAAGAUGAAAGUAUGUUUUAUUCAAAAAAAGAAAAGUUGAAAGUAAGUGGAUAGAACGUAACUAUCCAAAAUAAAGGGGGCGAGAUUAAAUCUAACAAAUAUUCUUAUUUAGCUUCAUGCCCCCUCAAAAAAUUGUCUACCUCCCCCUUGUGGUGCGCCCCAUCGUUUGAGAACCAUUGCUAUAAAGAAAUGUCUAUGCACCAGACCUAUAAGCUUCUUGGAUUUAAAGAAAGUAGAAAGAUUGUGUGUUAUGGAUUUCAAAACUAAUACCAGAAGAAAAUGUUCUAAUCAUACAGGAAUGUAACACCCCAUAAGAUCUGUAUAAUAACUAAAUAUGAAACGAAGAUACAAUUAAAAAAAGGCCACUAUUGCAAAUGACCAAUCGAUUUUAAUUUGUCAUAAACUUUCAUUGCCAGUGCCAGUAAAACAUGAUUUGUAAAAUUUUGGACUUUGGGACUUGCUUUGACAGGAAUGCUGAUAAGCCCCUGUGAACCUCUGGCAUUCGGUCAUUCCUUGUCUUUCACAGACAGUAAUUGAGUGUUGCAACAAGUGUGACUUUUAUAACACUAGUAAGUAUAACUAUCAGUAGAGGUUACUCGAGACUAACUAACUCCCAAUCCUUCCUCAAUGCUUUUGCGCUAGUGGAUUCGUAUGCGUAUAAUGCAAAGAUGUUGUAGCGGGAAUAAACAUGACUAUUCUAUCCAAUCCAAGAGUCCUAAGGCUCACGAACACAAAUGUAUUUCUGUAAUGUCUCAAUUGACCAAAAUCUGACUUCCUCAGACAAGCAGCUGCAUGAUGAAGUCUGAUUUUUGUGAGAUGAAAUGUUAUUGGGUAUGUAGAAAGACAUUUGUGUUAGUCUGCGGCGUGACUCUUGAAUCUCAUAGAAAGCCAUAGACUAAAAAGAUUUCACAUUUGAACUUUGAUGAAUGCAAAGGUGAUCAGCCAUUUUGUGAUAUCUCUUAAAUUUAAUUAGCCUACACAGAAUUGGAGAGUAGUAACGAUACAGUAGCCCAGUGGUUCUCAAACUUUUUGAACCACACCCUCUUUUAGGAUUUUUCAAGUCUCGCCUCCCAACUCAAGAAUAACUAGCUAACAAUGAGCUACAAGUAGUUAGGCCUUACAGACAGAUCUCUAAACAGUAAAGAAGUGUGAAUAUCCAAAAUGAGGCGGCCAAGAUCAAAUUUAACAGGGGUUAUCAUUUUUAAUCAGCCUCGUGUCCCCUCAAAAAAGUGUCUAUGCCCCCAACGUUUGAGAACCACUGCAUUAGCCUAAUUGGUAUAUUGACUUGAGUUAUGAUUUUGCAAUGAAUUGAAUGAUAAUUCCUGGUGAUCUUUUUUUGCUUUUGCAAUUUUUAUUAUCUUUGUUCCUUUACCAUUUGCUUCAAGUAAAAUUUGCAGUAAUUUUAUUCGUUUGUGAUGUUUUGUAGAAUGUUCGUGCAGAAACACCAUUGUUCGCAGUGCUCUGCUUUACUGUACCUGGCUUGUUUAUAAAGAUCUUUUUACUGAUCUAUAUUUUGAAAUUCUCAUGCCAGAUUUCAAUGGGUCAAUCUGUUUAUAUAGCGAGCAUUGGACAACAUUGUGCUAAUAGUUCGCUGAGAAUUUGAUAUUUAAAAAUUUUGCAAGAAUAUUGACUUGGCUGAGUCAAACUUGAGUGAUACUUUUCAAUGACUCGAAAUGGCUUGGGUCACCUAAAACAAUGGCUUGAAAUUGGGCUCUGCAAACCACCAUACAGACUUGACUCAAGACUCAAAGAUCAUUUUGGACGAAUGUAUAAAAACUUUUGGAUCGGGGCAACGAAAACAACUUAGGUAUCAGGACAUUGAAAUUCAUACCAAGGUGGCCAAUAAUUGUUGGCUUUUUGAUUUUUCGAUUAUUUGUGAUAGUAGCAUUUAACCACAAGGUAUUUGGUAUUACCUAAAAAUCUUUCUCCAUAUUUAUUCAUUCAACUAGAAUACCACAUGGAAAAUCUUGAGUGAAAGGUGUACAUGCAAAUACGGUGCUUAAAUGUGUCGAUGGUCGUUAAUAGUAGGCUAUGUUAUGAUUUUGGCAAGCUUGUACUGUUAUGUGUACUCAACCAUAUUGUUUAAUAAUUCACUGAGAAUUUGAAAUGUUAAUGAUGACCACCAUGGGUUUUUGCUUUGGAUUUUGUAACUUCAGUGGUAUUGUUGUUAAUGCUAAUGUUCAAUCUCUGUGCUUCUCAAGCUUCUCAUUCCUGAAGUCUUGUUCAAAAACCUACGUUUUGUAACUGAUUUUUGUUUGCUCCAUGUUCCUAUGUCUUCUUCUAUUUUUCUACAAUGAUAUUUUACUGCAAUUUGUGUUCAUGGUUCUAUACUUUGUCAAAAAUAUAUAAAUAUAUCUAUUACUGCGGUAAAACACCAAUAAAAUCAUCUGCAAAUCGAACAGUG